AGGUUGACUAGAGUGAAUUGAUUCACAGGGAUUAGAGAUUAAGAUUUCCCCUGCCGCUUUGGUGGAGUAAAUCUGGGGAUUAUGAUGUCAACAGCCUGUGGCUGCCAGAGAGGAAAUUGAAUUGUGAGGAAUGCGAGUGCGGAUGGCUACGGAUUACAGCAUAGUCGGUGAGAAGCCGGAGAUGCUAGUCCAUGUCGGUGCCUUUGUCCUGCUCAUUCCAGCCUCCACGGGAAACUCUCUCCGCCUUUGGGAAGCUGGAACUGUUUGCCUCACAAAGAACUGAAUAUUUCUGAUUUGGACGACGGGCUAAGAAGAUUUCUGUUUACGGUAAUCCUGCUCUGGUCUGGACUGUGAGGCAUCAGGUGAUGAGUGUAGCGCCACACGGAUCACGGCGUGACGGGGCCUCCCGCCGCCUUUAGAGGACAGCAUGGAGGAGAACAUCUAGUCGAGUCCGGCCGCCGCUCCCGCCCCCCCGGCUGCUGCCGUCACCUUUGAAGAAGUCUCCAAAAGCAGCAGCAUGAAGGUGAAAUGGAGCCAGAUCGGCCUGGUGUUCUUCCUCGUGGUGUCCCUGGUGAUGACCGGCUGCUUCCUCUGGCAGUACCAGCUGCCAAAGCUUUUGCCCGACGAGGAAACUGGGAGAAAUACAAAAUCAGAAACGAUGUGUCCUCGCUUCCCGGAGCCACUCCCUCUGGAGCAUCCCAUUCCCAGCCUCAAAGAAGCUCUGGAAAAGGUGGACAUUUUGCUUCGACAAACUAUGAACCCCAUCAGCCUCCCUGCUCUGUCUGCCAUCGUGAUCCUGAACGACACGGUCUUAUGGACGGGAAACUUUGGAAAGAGGAAUGCCAGUGACCCUCUAUCAGGACCCCCCAAUGAGUACACAAUCUACCGGAUCGCCAGCUUGUCCAAGAUUUUCCCAACACUGAUGCUGUACAGACUGUGGGAGGACGGGAAAAUCGGCUCCUUAGACGACCCUCUGGAAAAAUAUGUGGAGAACUUUACCAUCAAAAACCCGCUGGGGAAGACGCGCGACUCUGAGCUGAAGUACGUGACGGAUGGCCUGAUCUUCCUGGACAGCGGCGAGGUUCCCAUCCGAUCAUCUUCAGUCACGCUGCGCAGGAUGGCCAGCCAGCUCUCAGGUUUACCCAGAAGGCUCCGGGGCACCAAUCUGCUGUGGAAAGGAAAAACACAAUCUGCAAUAAACCUGCUGCAGGAUGACGUUCUGGUUGCUGAUCCAGGAACAAAGUGUCACUACAGUAACCUGGCUUUCUCUCUGAUGGCUCACGUCCUGGCGGAGCGGGUGGCUGGCGUUGACUACCAGCGAUGGGUCACAGAGAACAUCUUGGAUCGGCUGGGUAUGGAGGACACUGGCUUUGACCUGACCCCUGGGUUGCAGGCCCAGGUAGCUGUUGGGGUGUAUUCUAAUGGAAAACCUGCUCCGAUCUACGAUCUGGGCUGGUACCGGCCCUCUGGUCAGAUGUUCUCCACGGCUGCUGACAUGGCCAAACUCGCCAUGGUGCUCCUGGGAGCUUACCACCGUAAGCUGUUGGAGCCAGACUCGCUGAAGAUCAUGCUAACCCCACUCUUCAGGUGUGAUAAGGACUACUUUGCAAACCGCACCGGGACACCGUGGGAGGUGAAUGAACUAAUGGGGUACGAACUGGUGCGAAAAGAUGGAGAUCUGGAUGGGUACUCUGCCACGUUUUCUCUGAUCCCCAGACUAAAACUUGGCCUGGUGGUCCUCAUGGCCGGCACCAGGUCACAGAAAAAGGAUUUGGUCACCAAGGCGUACGGCUACAUCAUUCCAGCCCUGGAGAAAGCCUUCAGGGAGGCCAGGAAGGUUCUGUCUGGCCCUCCGAGCCCAGAUCCAUAUGUUGGCUUUUACACAUACAGCAACAUCACUUUCUAUGAAAUCAAAGUGGGAGCAGACGGAGUUUUGAUUAUGCAGCAGUUUGGCCCACAGAUCGAAGAGCUCAUCCCAGAAAAGUACAGGACCAUAAAGCUCAACUAUCUGGUGGAGCGAGUGUUCAGAGUUGUAUUCGAGAAGGAAUACCCGUGUGUUCUGCGAGUGGGAACUGCCUCCGUGUCUCUGGAAGCACAAGAUGGUCAAUUAUUCAACUUCUAUGUGUUUAAUAAGCAGGGUUUGUCUCCUGGCUUUGAUGCACCUGGACUGAACACAUACAACGUGGUCAGAAUAGCCCGCAGGCCAUCCUUCUCCAGCUGAACCGCCCAAAGACAAGCGGUGUGUGCCUGGAAUCCAUAAAGGGCUGUAAAGAAAAAAAUGUAAAUGCUGGAGGUGGAGUGUUCAGGCAGCCACAGGCGGGACGGUGAACUUCUCUGAGAACAGCAGCUCCACAAAGUUCAAGCAGACAGUUUCUGUGUACAUAGAUCUUCUCCUCACCAUCGUCCAGGAUGGUGAUCUGACUGAUUGUGCUCUUCCUGUUUUUGUCUGAACUGAGCUUACUCUGUGUGGAUCCAGUUGUUAAACCUUCUGCACACUGAACAGCUGUUGUUGUUGUGGUCAGAAUCUGUUAGAAACUCUCAGGAGCAGAUAAUGCUAAAUAAACUCUGUGUUAUUUGG